AUGAGCUUCAACCAGCCCAUCGACCGCGUCGCGUGGCCGGACGGUCUGGAGCGGAUGUCCCUGCCGGGCUUCAACCAGCCCCUUCAGGGCGUCCGAUGGCCCCGGGGGCUGAAAUCGCUGGAGUUCUUGCCCCCCGGGGAGAUUCUUCUCCGCGAAGACCCCGAGAUUACUCUGGAGAGGCUGAACUUCACCACUGAGAGCGGCUUCAAUCAGUCGCUGGGCGAAAACAGCGGCCUCCCCGUCAGCCUUGAGCGACUGUGGCUGUCGGACGCCACUAGACCCCAGGACGGCGUCGUGUGGCCGCGCGGACUGGUCACGCUGGGUCUCGGCGACAGCUUCCCGAACACUGCCCCGCGCUUCGAGUGGCCGCCGACCCUGCGGCGCCUGUACCUCGUCGACGAGCUCAGCAGCGCCCGCCGCGUGCCCCGGGGCUGCGAGGUCAAGGUGCUGAUGAACUGCGAGCUGAACGACCCCGAGUGGAACGCCGGCGGGAUGGGCGCCCUCCGCGGCCUGGGGCUGGAGGAUAUGCUGGAGUCGUUCGAGCAGGCGUUCGGCGGGGGAGUGACGGGGCUCAUGAAGAACGAUCGCCGCGGGAAGCCCGACCUGGACGAGGAGAUCCCGAGCGCGUUUGUGUGCUGA